GAAUAAGCCAAGCUCUCUUUAGCAAACAAAAGUAAUGUUGACUCAGCUGUGCUGACUUUGGACUACUGAACCCGAAGAAGCGCACGACGUUCAUUUCUGUAGAACAAGGGAAAAUGCUGGCUGUCGUUCUGCUCCUCUUUUGUCUCGGUGAGACUGAGUCCGCUGGGGACUCUUACAUGGCUGCUGUGUACGAGCACAGAGUCAUCCUGAACCCGAACCCUAGGGUCCCCGUGACCCGUCGCGAAGCCCUGAUCCACAUGCAGAAGAACCUGGACAUCUACGAAGAGCAGGCUGCUAAAGCUGCACAGCAGGGAGUCCAGAUACUUGUGUUUCCAGAAGAUGGUAUUCACGGUUUUAACUUCACCCGUUCAUCCAUUUCCGGAUACUUGGAAACCAUUCCUGACCCUCAGGAGGAGAGCUGGAACCCCUGCACCGAGCCUGACAAAUACAACAACACUGAGGUACUCCAGCGACUGAGCUGCAUGGCCCGUCGCAACAACCUCUACCUGGUGGCAAACAUGCCUGAUCUGCAACCCUGUCCCUUGAAGACAGCCCCGUCCACAUGCCCCCCUGAUGGACACUGGCAGUUCAACACCAAUGUGGCUUUCAAUUCUGAUGGUCUGCUGGUGGCACGUUACCAUAAAUAUAACCUCUUUUUUGAAGAAUCCUUUGACACGCCUCCAAAGCUUGAACUCAUCACAUUUGAUACACCCUUUGCUGGAAAGUUUGGUCUCAUCAUCUGCUUUGACAUCCUGUUCCACGAUCCCACAGUAGCCCUGGUGAAAAUGGGUGUGCGUCAGCUGAUUUUCCCCACAGCGUGGAUGAAUGAGCUCCCCCUUUUGGACUCGAUCCAAUUUCACAGGGCCCUCAGUCUUGGGGCCAAUGUUACGGUUCUGUCUUCAAACCUUCGUAAAGACCAGCUCAGAAUGACAGGGAGUGGUAUCUACACCCCAUUUUCUGCUACCUUCCACCACGCCGUGAAGGGAGACCCAGAGGAGGGCCGACUGCUUGUGGCCACAGUCCCGGUCUUGGGUCCAGUUGGGAUGAACGAUGUGAAUGAAUCAAUGUCACCUGUGCCUGCAGAGUCUGAUUACUGCCACACAGAUCGCUGUGCUGAUUCCCCUUCACCUGCUUCCUCUGACCCCACCUUCAUAGGAACCAUGAUGCAUGACCCAUUUAAAUUUGUCCUCAUAAAGGAGGCAGAAGGCAAUCUCACAGUGUGUGAUGGUAAAUUCUGCUGCCACCUUCAGUACAAGUGGACGGCACAUGACGAAAGGAAGGAACUGUAUGCAUUGGGAGCAUUUGCAGGAACGCACACCGUUGAUGGACGAUACGCCUUGCAGGUAUGUGCAGUAGUCCGCUGUGCAGGACUGGAGGCCAGCUCAUGUGGGCAGAAAGUGGAGGAGGCGGAGUCUAAGAUGGACUUCCUGUUGGAGGCAACUUUCCAGACAGAUUACGUGUACCCUUCAGUUCUGGUGAGCCGCAUGGCGCUGGAGCAACCUGAUAAGCUGGAGAAAGCAACAGGUGGGAGAUUGGCCAUGAAACACUCCAACCUGAGCAGAGGCCUGAUCACUGCCUGUCUGUACGGACGAAUGUACCAGCUGGAUAAUGAAUGAUCUGCUGUGGAAUACCAGAGAGAUACGUCUAUUGAGUUCUGAUUGAGAUUAUGGAUGACAGACCUCACAUCUUGUGAUGUACAAACUAAAUAAAACAAAUCUUUUUAUUCAUCUGUUACUUAAUUCAUUUUACAAACAAUACACCGAACAGCAUCCAACCUGUCUGAACUUUGCAUAUUUCUCAAAAGGCAAUAUUUAGUCAUGUCUUUAUAUCUCUCUCUCACACACACACCCCAACAUGCAUCCACACACUGUCUCCAGUACAGAAUACAAACAUGAAGCAGUUACAUCAUUGCAGGAUUCAAGGGUUCGUUCAGCUCGUCGGUCAACAGACGUUCUGAAUCGUGUGUACAGUAACGAGGUCCGACAUCCACCUGGUGUCAGAAUCAGCUCAAAGAUUUAGUCUAGACUUAAAAAUAAAUAUGAAAAAAAAAAAAAUCAAUACCAAUGUCAUCCUCCUGGGAAAGGUGGCUGCCCAACGCAGCAUUAUUAAUGUUCAUGAGUAACGGUCGUUAGUGUCUACCAU